AUGGUUUUCCCAAGUUGUCAGGCACGAACUGGUGUAUAUAUUCCUUUCUUCCUUCCUUCUCUUCCUUCAUUACUCCCUUCGUUUCUUUCUUCCUUCCUUCGUUCUCUUCUUUUCUUUCCUUCUCUUCCUUCCCUUCCUUCCUUCGUUCCUUUCUUCCUUCUUUCCUUCCUUCAUUUCCUUCCCUUUCUUCCUUCCUUCCUUUCUUCCUUCCUCCCUUCAUUAUUCCCUUCGUUUCUUUCUUCCUUCUUUCCCUCGUUUUCUUCUUUUCUUUCCUUCCCUUUCCUUCCUUCCCUUCCUUCCUUCCUUCGUUCCUUUCUUCCUUCAUUACUCCCUUCAUUUACUUCCCUUCCUUCCUUCCUUCUUUCCUUCCUUUCUUCCUUCCUUCUCUUCCUUCAUUACUCCCUUCGUUUCUUCUUCCUUCUUUCCUUCGUUCUCUUCUUUUCUUUCUUUCCCUUCCUUCCUUUCUUCGUUCCUUUCUUCCUUCCUUCUCUUCCUUCAUUACUCCCUUCGUUUCUUUCUUCCUUCCUUCGUUUUCUUCUUUUCUUUCUUUCUCUUCCUUCCUUCCCUUCCUUCGUUCGUUCCUUUCUUUCUUCUUUCCUUCCUUCAUUUCCUUCCCUUUCUUCCUUCCUUCUCUUCCUUCAUUACUCCCUUCGUUUCUUUCUUCCUUCUUUCCUUCGUUUUCUUCUUUUCUUUCCUUCCCUUUCCUUCCUUCCCUUCCUUUCUUCAUUUCUUCCUUCCUUCUCUUCCUUCAUUACUUCCUUCGUUUCUUUCUUCCUUCCUUCUUUCGUUCUCUUCUUUCCUUUCCUUCUCUUCCCUUCCUUCCUUCGUGCCUUUCUUCCUUCUUUCCUUCCUUCCUUCCUUUCAUUCCCUUCCGUUCCGUCCUUCUCUUUCUUCAUUUCUUCUUUCGUUCUUUCUUUCUUUCUUUCUUUCUUUCUUUCUUUUACCUUUCUUCAUUCUCUGUAUUCCUUUCUGCAUACUUUCUUUCCUUCCAUUUUUGUUCACUUCCUUCCUUCCUUCCUUCCUUCCUUCCUUCCUUCCUUCCUUCCUUCCUUCUUCACUUUUUUUUUCCAUAUUCCUUUCUUCCUGUCGUCAUUUCUCAUUUUUUCUAUAACAUCCAACAUCUUUCCUCCCUUCUUUCCAAGCCUCUCUUAUAGCUUUCUAUCCUGCUUUAAUUUUAACUUGCCUCUUUUCCCUUCCUUCCCCCCUCUCUCUCUCUCGCUCCCUUCUUUUCUCUCUUUCUCCCAUCCUCUCUUCCUUCCGCUUUCCCAUAAUUUCUUUCUCUCCCUCUCUCUCUCUAUCUCCCUCUCUCUCUCUUCUUUCCUCUUUCUUUCCCAUCCUCUAUCUCUGACUCUCUUCCUUCCCCUGUCUCCUUUCGUCCCCCUCUCCCUUUCUUUCUAUCCCCCUCUCUUACCCUGUCUCAUUUCUAUCUUCUCUCCUUACUUUUCUUUCUCUAUCACUCCCUCCCUUCUCUCUCUCUCUCUCUCUCUCUCUCUCUCUCUUCAUCCCUUUCUCUUUCGCUUCUUUUCUUCCAGUUGUAAGCCUUUCUCUUUUUUCUUUAGUCUUAUCUUAUUAUUCUGA